CUCUCACUCCCUCGCAUCUCCCUCUUGCAGCUCACCAGUCCACCAAACUCCGUCGGCCGCUGACUACCUACUUUCUCUUCCCGACCGUCCAUCACUCCAUCAACUCGCCUCAUCAGACAACAUCUUCCAUCUCCUUGUUGCACCAAUAUUGCUUCCUCUCAUACUCCUUCUUUCCUUCGAGCCUGCAUCUCUGCACACCACACUGAGCAGGCUCUUGAUGCCCUCUGGUGACUUAAAGAGGCACUUGCACUUUACUUGGCUAAUAUAGCCGGCUCCCCAGCCCGUCUCAUUUUGUUGCGGUCGCGUUUCGUCUCACAGCCGAACUCUCCUACCUCUCAACCUCUUUACCUCUGGCUCUUAGCCAACACCUGCCUGCGAUCUCAUUGACCUACAUCACCCUUGUCUUCAAACGGAAAUGUUUAUGUUGUUCGCUUCCUGAAGUCGCUGUCAGUUUGCGCGACCGACUCUCCGCACUCCACGAGCGCUGCUCAACCUUCUCACAUCCGACCCACUCGGCCAGCUCUCAUACAACCCAUAACCUUGUCCACAAGCCACCCUCUGCUGUGCAUUUGGGUUCUUAGUGUCCAAUCAUCCCAUUGGUGCCUCUGCAUAAUACUCUGGUGACGAUGAACAUGACACAGAUGAACCCAGGCGUGGCUGGUGGCCCAGUUGGGGGCAACAUGAUGAUGGUGAACAGUGGGAGUCCCGCCAUCCCGGGUAACAAUGGUGGUGCAUCCACAGAAGCGAUCAAGGUCCAGUUGAAUACCUACAUCUAUGAAUAUUUCAUCAAACUCGGACAUUAUGAACUUGCUAGAAACAUUCUAGCCGAGAAGGGCCUUGAGAUCCGCACCAGACCCCCAGUUAAGCCAAGUCCAGGUCGCCGCAAGGACAACGAAGUCAACGGCGUAGAUGCCGAUUCGAUGGACACGGAUGCUAAGGACGACAUCCCAGACGAUUUGCCACGACCUGCCCAUGCGGGAGAUGGCAACAGUCCGGGGAGCGGCUUUCUCUUUGAAUGGUUCUGCAUCUUUUCCGACCUGUUCGCCGCCCAUCAGAAGAAAGGUGGCCAAGGUGCCAAUGUUGGUGCCGCUGCCCAGUAUCUUAUCCAGCAUCAGAAUAUGCAACGGAUGCGUGAGAACCAGCAAAACCAGAACCUCGCCCGCGGCCCAGGCAUGAUGCCAAAUCAAUUCAUGCGUGCGGGGAUGGCACGAAACGGCAUGAUGAAUGGCAAUGUUCCCAGCGCGGCAAAGAUGACGCCUCAGCAGAUGGCACAAUUCAACAAACAAGCUGCCAUGCUACAACAACAGCAAAACAUGCAGCGGGGUGAAGCCGACGCUGACAUGAAUGGUCGAAACUCUCCUCCCGCCGAAGGCGAAAAUGGUGGCUCGCCGUCAAAGAGGCCUCGUCUUGAGGGCCAACAAUUCAACGCAGGCAUGAUGCCCAAUGGUCGACCAGCGAUGCCUGUUGUGCCACCCCAGAAUAUGAUGAUUCAAAACGCGUUCAAUCCCAAUAUGAAUAACCCUCAGUUCCGACAGAAUGGUGCUAUGCCACCACAGAAACCCUUACCGCCCGGAAUGGCUAACGGCAUGAUGAACAUGGCCAACGCCGGGUCCCCGAUGAUGCAGGGCAUGAAUCAAGCACAAUUCACCGACAGCAUGCAAAUGGAGAUGUACAAUCAGCGAAUGGCCGGCCAGCAGAUGCAAGGUGCCCCUGGCGGAGGGCAGAGUGGCAACCACGCUCUUCAAGAUUAUCAGAUGCAAUUGAUGUUGUUGGAGCAACAAAAUAAAAAGAGAUUGAUGAUGGCAAGGCAGGAGCAAGACAGCGCCGUCAAUAGAGAUGGACAGCCCAUGAUGCCUGGUGGCAUGUCACCAUCGGGCAGUGGUCGUACCGGAACCUCACCAAAUCCUGUGGAUCAGAUGAAGAGGACACCCCAGAUGGGAGGUAUGCCAGCAUCUCCGUCCGCUGGUGACCUGGCGGGACGUUCUCCUGCGGGCAUGAAUUUCAUGAACAACAUGCCCGGUACGGACUUUAACCAAGCCAUGUUCAUGAAGGAUCAACAAGGAAUGGUCGGGCCGGGUGGACCUAAUAUGAGACCACCGACCAUGGACAUGCAACAAGCGCUGGCUCGUCAACAACAGCAGCAACAACAAAGAGGGAUGGGCGGUCAAUUCCCAGGUGGACAACCCAUGGUGCAACAGCCCUCACAGGGUCAGCCCCAACCAAUGGGGACACCUGGCCAGCGGAACGAAAUGCCACCCCCCCAGGCACCCGCUGGGAAUAACGCCCAACGCAACCAAGGCGCUUCUCCCCAGAGCUCGAACGCCCCUCCGACGCCUUCGACAUCUAACAAGGCGGCGCCUAAGACCAAAAAGGGCAAGGACGAGUCCAGCAACAAGAAGCGUCCAGCUAAGAAGAACUCUACUGCCAAUGCUCCAAGCUCGGAGACCGAGCCGCCAGCAACACCGGCACCAUCGACACCAAUCACACCGGUGCAUCCUGGCCAAGGAUUCAAUUCGGGAGGCAAGGCUGGUGGUCAGGGCAUAUCCAACACGGCGUCCGCCCCCGCUGCUGCGAAUCAAACCAUGCCCCCCAGUCAGCCGCUACAUCAACCUGAUAUGCAACAGAAUUCCUUCUCGGACUUUGCCCCAGACCAGGGAUUCAAUCUCGACUUCAGCACGUUGGAGAAUAGUGACGUUUUGGAAAACUUUGACUUUGACAGCUUUCUCAAUACGACCAACGACGACACCUUUAAUUUUGAUGGCGGCAUCGGCGUUGGUGGGGAUUUCGGACUUGAUGCGACGGGCGACUAGUGUCAAGACUUGCAAGACUAUGUGUAUCAUUUAAUAUUCCGGCGUUGUGAAUCAGGGACGCCGUGGGCAUUCAAGGCACGGGAAACAGGGUGGGCAGCAUAACAUCGACGGAUAUUCUGCUGUGGGGGAUGGUUCCAUUAUUGCCGACGAUACCCGCUACUCAGAUGAAAAUGAAUUAUUGACAUGGACAUAGCUCGAGAUUCGAGGAUGGAGCUGAGGAGGGCCGCGACAGACCGGUGCAUGCUGUUGACCGAGUGUGAUUCUUGUGCACCUUUGACGAAGCACCGGUCAGCUGUUGAUUUGAAGAUGGACAACAUGUAUUCAGGCAUUUUGGGGCGAGCAAAGUGAAUCAAUCGAGCGCCUCCCUCUGGCAGUUUUCUUGUCUUGGUCUCGUUGUGGCCACGGCAGUGGCGAAAAGCAUGCAUGCGGGAAGACACCUGUAUCGAAGGACGCAUGGCGUUGACCAGUUUGUAUUCUGCCUGGGUCUGGUUUCUCUUAUCUUAUUUCAAGUUAGUAGAACUGCGUGGCUUGACCAACAAGGUAUCUUUCACAUUUCA